ACGAGGAAUCAGGAAACGUCGAACCUACAAAGCAGAGUGAAAGUAAAACUCUGAAACCAGGACCGACAAAGAUGAUCGGAACAAAGAAACAAAACCGAUCAAUCUUAUACAAAUGUUGAACUCCGCAAAACCUCAGCGCCGUUCUUGCUGAAGGGGGAAAAAUAAUUACUUAUCUAAAUUUAGGAAGUAUUCGUUUCUUUUUUAAAUUAUUAUUUGGCUAAAAUUGGGAGGAGGGGAAGUUAAAUCUGGCAAACAUAGAGGGGUUGAGGGCGCGAUUGUCCUUGGGGCAUGGUGGAUCAGGGAGGGACGGCGAGGACGGCGAAAAAGGCGAGGAUUUCAGGCUCACUUGGCGUCGUAGGUUGCUCAUGGCGCUCAAGCUCAAUGUCACUUGUGCCUCCGCCCUUAGGAUCUCGCUCUUGCUCCUACUCCUUGCCGCCAUUGCCACCGCUUGCAUUUUCCUCCCCAUUGAAAAGAUAUUGAAGGAUUUCUUGGUAUGGGUGAAGCGGGAUCUUGGACCAUGGGGCCCUUUUGUUUUGGCCAUCGCAUACAUUCCACUUACAGUCUUGAUGGUGCCAGCUUCAGUACUUUCGUACUUGUACAUUUCAAUCCUUUUCCAGCUUGGUGGCGGUUAUCUCUUUGGGUUGCCUGUGGGAUUUGCAGCUGACUCGAUUGGUGCCACCCUUGGUGCAACAGCUGCAUUCAUUCUUGGUAGAACAAUCGGAAGAUCAUAUGUUACUUCGAAGCUAAAGAAUUAUCCAAAGUUUCAGUCUGUUGCUAUUGCAAUAAAAGGAUCUGGAUUUAAGAUAGUUCUGCUUCUUCGACUUGUUCCUUUACUUCCUUUCAAUGUAUUGAAUUACCUCCUGUCAGUUACUCCUGUGCACAUGGGGGAAUAUAUGUUGGCAUCUUGGUUGGGAAUGAUGCCAAUAACAUUUGCUCUAGUUUAUGUUGGAACAACAUUGAAGGAUCUUUCUGAUGUUACACAUGGAUGGAGUGAGGUUUCAACAAUUCGCUUGGUAUUUAUAGUUCUUGGAUUCGGUUUAUCUGUCAUUAUAUUGGUUUGCAUCACUAAAGUUGCCAAGGCUUCUCUGAACAAAGCACUGACAGAAAAUGCUGAAAUAGAGGCCAUCUUGACCCCAUCAAUGCUGCCAAUCCUAGCAGAAUCACCCUUGGAUCUCCAGAAGCCCCUCAUAAUUAAGAUAGACCCCAUGAGAGAGGAUGAUGAGAAACAAGUUGCCAUGUAAUGUAAAUUCUUUCCUUCAUCAAUCGGUUUAGAUAUGACUUUGUUAGGAAUGAAGAAUUAAGAAGCAGAAAAGAAUAAUAUCUAUACCUUUAUAAUUCCUGUACAGAAUUCAAUUUCUUUUUUCCUUUUUUUUUUUUUUAAUAUUUGUAACCCUUUACUGUCAAAGUUUACUUUAAACAGAAGUAAUCAAUUUUUGAGUCUAAAA